CUGUGAGAAAAAAAAACAAACAAAAUAAACAUAGAAUCCUAGGCCUAUAUACUGAUUAGUGAUUACUGACGAAGUAAGAAAAUUAAAGUAGAAGUGGAACGAAAAAUAUAUCUAAGGAAUAUAUUUUUUGUAUUAUUGAAAUUAAAUGUUCAUUCAAUUGCAUUAACAGUUUAGUGUAACUCAUCAUAUAUAAUAUCGAAGGAAUAGAAAGGUGACCUGUUAUAGGCUUGAUAUUUUAUCUGUAUUUUGAUUUUUGAACCGGAUUGUUAUGUGCUAGUAGAAACCUUUUAAGUUACCAUCAAAAUGCAAAGUGUCAUAAACACAGUCAAAGGAACAGCACUUGGGGUUGCAGAAUAUUUGACACCUGUGUUGAAGGAAUCAAAGUUCCGAGAGACUGGAGUGAUUACACCGGAGGAGUUUGUUGCGGCAGGAGACCACCUGGUCCACCACUGUCCGACAUGGCAGUGGGCAGGCGGAGAUGAGGCUCGCACUAAGUCCUAUCUGCCACCCAACAAGCAGUUUCUGGUCACCCGCAAUGUGCCGUGUCCUCGGCGAUGCAAACAGAUGGAAUACUGUGAUGAACAGGAGAGGUUGAUAGAGACAGAAGAUGCUGAUGGCGGAUGGGUCGACACUCACAGCAUGGAUCCUAAUGCAGGGCUGGAUGAGAAAGUAUUGGAAAUGACCCUGGACGAGGAUAUCAAUGAUUCUCCAGUGAGGAAAGUGUGUGAAGUCCAGGACAAUGAUGACGAAGAUGAUGAUGACGAUGAUGAAGCAGUUGACAUGGAAGAGUUUGAGGAGAGUGGGAUGCUGGACAUGCAAGAUGAGGCCACACUUGACGUUAAGAAAGAUAAGGCAAAAAAUGGUAGCUGUGAAGAUGGUGAGAUUGUUAGAACCAGGACAUAUGACCUUCACAUAACCUAUGACAAAUUCUACCAGACUCCAAGGCUGUGGAUUUUUGGGUAUGAUGAGUAUCGCAGGCCACUGACAGUGGAGCAGAUGUACGAGGAUGUUAGCCAGGACUAUGCAAAGAAGACAGUAACGAUGGAAUCACACCCUCAUUUGCCUGGACCUCCUAUGGCUUCGGUACACCCUUGCAGACAUGCUGAGGUGAUGAAGAAGAUAAUCGAGACAGUACUGGAGGGAGGAGGAGAGUUGGGUGUCCACAUGUACCUCAUCAUCUUCCUCAAGUUUGUCCAGUCUGUCAUCCCUACAAUCGACUAUGAUCACACCAAGAAUUUCUCCAUGUGAUCUGUUUACAUAAUGGUUUACCAUUUUUAUAUGAGUUGUGGUGUGUGCAUUCCAUUAGUAUUGUAAGAAUUAAAUUAAUGCUAAUACUC